AUGUAUUACCUCGCCGGCCUCACUAGUGCUCUUCCAUCAUCCGCCCAAACCAUAGAAGGACUCGCCGUAUUCACCACCUUCCGACAGCUCCAAUAUAUCAUAUCCCGCAUGCGUGUAAUGCUCCCAGUCGCUAACGCAGAAGCAGGUAACAUCCGCACCACUCCAACUUCUUUCAUCGGCAAGAUCAUAUCCUCAAUACACGGUCUCUCGUACUUCAUCCCACCCGUGACAUACAUCCUAUGCGUCGCUCUCAAUCGCCUCGUGCAGCCUGCGUGGAUGCAGCGCAUGAGCCUACCUAAUACCUAUUUCAAACACGAAAAUCAAGUGGGGCUGAGAGUAGCAGCAUGCGCAGCGACGUUUGUGCUCCUCAGGUUCACUGGACGCACAAUGACGCACCUCGGGAAUCAGUUGCACGCGAUCGGGAGACGCGAGAAGCCUAGAGUCGUGCAGACAGGCCCAUACGCGGUGGUUCGUCAUCCAUUGUACACGAGCGCGCUCAUCCAGGAGCUACUUUUUGCGCUGAUGUCCUGGUCUUAUGUGCCGCUUGUAGGAUUGGGUAUUAUUGCUGGCGCGUUUGCUGUUAAGAUGCCUAUCGAGGAAGAUCUUAUCAUGCAAGACCCUGCUAUUGCUGCGGAAUACCGUGCGUAUAUGCAGAGGGUGCCUGCGCGCAUUAUUCCUUUCCUUUGGUGA